AUGAACCAUCAAGAAAAUACCAACGGCUCUAUAAUGGUAUUUUUGUUAUUCCACAUCAACUGAAUGGCACUUUGGCAGAACAACUAUCACUAGAGUAAAUACUACUCUUCAUCUCCACACCUUAUACUUAUACAAGCGUGGCGGGGCACGUGAAUUUCCCUUUGUACCCUCCAAACUAGUUUCAAUUCUCAAAACUUACCCCCCGCCCUGAGAACGUUUCUUUUUUCUUCUCUUUGGUUUCUUGCUUAACAAUCCAUGGAGUCGCCCAUGGUGAAACACAGUUUCCUAAGGAACAUUUUUGUACGCAUAUUUUCCUUCGCGGUUCUCAUCUUAGCCGCACGAUUCGCCAUCAUCGUCACCGUCCGCGGCGGAUCAUGCGACUCCUCAGAUUUCUGUUUUUUCUCCGAAAAUCUCAAUCUCACCGCUCCCUCUCACAUUUCCGACUCCGGAGAUUCAUUUUCCGGCAAGAAUUGGCGCCGUUCCGUCGAAUACUAUGCCUCUAUUUUCCAGGAUCUGAUCGCGGAGGGUUCACUCUCACCGAAUUUCAAAGCUCUCUGCAUUGACACUCCCACUGGAGAAGAUGUCUUAGCAUUGAAAGAAAUCGGCGUCGUUGAUUCCGUCGGAAUCUUCAAGAAACCGUCUCCGCCGCUGAUCGUCCAAGGAGAAGGCCACCGGCACCCUUUCCCCGGCGAUUCCUUCGACUUUGAAUUCUCAGGCAAAGGUGGCUUAGAAGAUUCCCCUAAGCCGGUGGAAUUCGCCACCGAGAUUUGCCGGACUCUCCGACCCGGCGGAUUCGUAGCGGUUCACACUGCAACAAGAGACGCAUACGAUUUCAAUUCAUUCCUCGAACUGUUCAAUUGCUGUGAGUUAAUCAGAACAAGAGAGAUCAACGGUGUUGAUUCAUCUACAGUUCUUGAAAUUUUGAUGAAGAAGAAAAGACCAGAAUUCAAAACCCUAGAUUCACCCCCAAGCGGCAAUUCGGUAAAUAAAUGCACUGUUCCAGGGUACAAACGUGAAAUAGUUAAAACAGCAGAGUCAUUGAUAUUAGAAGAACCAUUAAAACCAUGGAUUGCACUGAAAAGAAAUUUGAAGAACAUAAAGUACUUAACUUCCUUAGUUGGCAUAAGUUUCAAGAAUAAAUAUGUGUAUGUUGAUAUUGGAGCUAGAAGCUAUGGUUCCAGCAUUGGAAGCUGGUUCAAGAAACAAUACCCAAAACAGAACAAAACAUUUGAGGUUUAUGCAAUUGAAGCUGAUAAAACAUUUCAUGAAGAGUAUAGAACAAAAAAAGGUGUGACUUUGUUGCCAUAUGCAGCUUGGGUUAGGAAUGAAACAUUGUUCUUUGAGAUUACAAGAGACCCAAGUAAGAAAAUCACGAUGAAAGGUAGAGGAAUGGGUAGGAUUAACCCUGUUCAAACAUCUUCUAGUCAUAUGGGUGAUAAGGAUAAGAUUCAAGGUUUUGAUUUUGCUGAUUGGUUAAAGAGUGUUGUUACAAGUAAGGAUUUUGUGGUUGUAAAAAUGGAUGUGGAAGGAACUGAAUUUCAUUUGAUACCAAGGUUGAUUCAAACUGGGGCUAUUUGUUUGAUUGAUGAGCUUUUUCUUGAAUGUCAUUAUAAUAGGUGGCAGAGAUGUUGUCCUGGUCAGAGAAGUGCUAAGUUUCAGAAAACAUAUUCUGAAUGUUUGGAUUUGUUUACUUCACUUAGAGAUAUUGGAGUUCUUGUGCAUCAGUGGUGGUGACAAUAUCAAUCCAUAACAAAUUUGUGUUGUAUUUUUUUCAUGCUUUGCUUACAUUUUUUGUAUAGGUAUUUUUUUUUAAUUGUUUUCUACAGUAUAGGAUUUUAUACGAUUAAAUUGAUUCUUUUAUAGAUUUUUUCUUACCAUUGUUAUCACUUAUCAAUGCAGAUGAAGAGUUUCAUGAAUGAAA